AUGGAUCCCGACGCGCCUGUGGCCAAUGAGCCUCAACCUUCCGUCUUCCGCUGGAUCAUAGGCUUCCUUAUGGUUGGCGCGUGCUGGGGACUCACGACGCCGUUCAUGCGAAAAGCUGCUAUGAACUACACUCCGCCGCAGCGUCCUGCCCUUACUGACCCGAACAACUCAUGGCUUAAGAAAAAGGUCCUCGGAGUACUAUAUGCAGUUAUAGGUGUCCUGAGCCGACCAGCGUAUGCGGUGCCGCUCUUAUUGAACGUCACUGGCAGUGUAUGGUUCUUUAUAUUGAUUGGUAAGGCGGAGUUGAGCCUCACGGUGCCAAUCACGAACUCGCUCGCCUUUCUGUUCACCGUACUAGGGGAGUGGUGGGCAGAGAAGAAGGUCAUUAGCAGAGACACAUGGAUUGGCAUGGCCUUUGUACUUGGUGGUAUCGCGUUGUGCGUCCAGAGCAAAUCGUGA